GCCUUGCUGUCACUAUAGACUCUAUGCUCUAUGUACUGGAAGAGUACGGUAGGUCUUUCAAACAGCGUAAUAUUUAUAGUCGACUAUUUCGAUAAUCACGUCGGCCACAGUUGGAAUACUUUGAGUGUGCAACACUAAGACGCAAAAACAAACACUCUAAUUCCGUUUCGAUUCUUAGAAGACAAAGAAGAGAAAAAUGUCCAUCAUGUCGUCUUUGACAUUGAAAGCCAUCCCGAUGCCCCCAUUCGGAUUCACCCAUCAAGGUUCUCAUGCCCAGGUAUGCCAAGGCCCAUCUUCCAUCUAAGGCUUCCAAGCUCGAAUUCUGUAUCUGUGCAAGGCUGUGAGCCAAGUCGGUCUUUCUUCCCAUUUGCUCGAUUGAUUGUAGUAAUAAUGCUAGUGAAGUUUUCUCGUCUUCACUCCCAACAUCAGUCAUCAAUGGGCAGCAUCUUUUGAAUACAUUUUACUUAGCCCCGAUUGCAGAUUUUCUAGAGGUUUCUAGCUUCUAUUGUAUUGAACCAGAGGCUUUGGGUUAUGAGAUAAAUAGUUGGCAUCGGUCGCAUGUUGAUCUCACGUUAAGUUGUCGUCUCUAUCCCGUCAUUUCCCCAGAGUCGUCUCCGAAAGUCUUUUGUCUCCCCCUUAAACAUCUUACCUUACACGCCUUCUGUGUGGUGCAGUUAACGAGAUGUUUGGCUCUCAAUUUUCUACUAUCCUCCAAAGUGUGUUGCUGUUUUCAUUGCUCGGCGCCAUCACAAGUGCUCAGAUCACGCUCACGGGCUGCCACAUCAAGGAGGGACGAGAGUGAGUCUUUAUUGUUACCAGUGACAGAAAACACUGUAUUAAUCGCAUCUAGAGUAUGUUUCUUUCCUGCUGGGGCGGAAACCACAAUUAGCAGCAGCACUGUUACUCCAACUUUAACUUCCCUGGCUUCAGUGAAUGCAGACACGACUGAAAGUGCGCAGACUACUGCCAUUACUGACUGCCACCAACAUGAUACUACUCAGUAUGUGUAAUUCUUGGGCUCUAGAUAAGAGAGCUAAUCAGCUUCUAGGUAUUGUGUCAAAGGCAACGGGGACGAGGUUCAGGUAUUAGCGACUGCCACUGGUAAUGAAGCUCUACCUACCGCUUAUAAUGGCUGCCAUUCCCACGACUCUACCAUGUUCUGUUUGAGACCUGAUGGUGCUGAAGUUGAGGUCUUGAGUUCUAAUGAGGAGGCGGGUUCUACUGAAGGGGAGAGUACUGCGGAGUCGUCUGAAGGUGGAGAGAACUGCCACUUCCACGCUGGUGUCGAGUAAAUUAUUUAAACGUGCUGAUCACGUUGCUCAAGUGCUAAUCUGUGGUAGACAUUGCGUUGGCGGUUCGGCUACAGCUAUCUGCGAGCGAAAAGAUCGUGAUUACAAUGUUAAACUCCGCAUUGGAUUAUUGUUUGUCAUUCUCUUUACAAGCGCAAUUGGUAAGUUCUUUAAUCGGAAAAAGUAACUCCAUCUAACAGAGAUCAGGGGUCUAUGCUCCAAUUGUGAUGGCACGACUUCUAAAAACUAAUGGAACUAAAAUGGUUUUCACAGUUGUUAAGCAAUUUGGUACUGGUGUCAUCAUUGCCACUGCCUUGGUCCAUGUUCGUCUUUCAAUCCUCGCCCAAAAUAAGCAAGCUGCUGACCGAUCUAGCUUGCGACCCAUGCUUCAUUGAUGUUUGGCAACAGGUAAGCGCCAUUACUUCCAGUCGAACUAUGUCAGCACUGAUUCCCGCAUAGUUGUCUCGGUGAAUUGAAAUAUGAAGCAACCACGACGGCUAUCAUGAUGGCAGGUGCAUUUAUCGCUUUCUUGAUCGACUUCACCGGUCAUCGACUCGCACAUUGGCGUCAACAAUCCACCAUAGAAAGACAAGCUGCCAGUAUAAGUUCCCACGACAACCCACGUGAAGAAGCAGCAGUAAAAGGUCAACCUACACCUACACUCGCGCACCUAAGCCACCACCACGACAACAACAACCUUGUAACCACCCACGCAAAUGAUGGUCUCAGUAUCUUCAUCCUUGAAGCAGGUAUCAUCUUCCACUCCCUUCUUAUCGGUAUUACAUUAGUAGUAGCCGGCGACUCCGUCUUCAUUACUCUCUUUAUCGUCAUCGUGUUCCACCAAAUGUUCGAAGGUCUAGCACUUGGUGCCCGCAUCGCAGUAAUAGAUGGUCUCCACGCUACCAAGUACAUUAUCCUCCCAAUGGCUUUUACGCUCGUUACUCCAACCGGAAUGGCGAUUGGGAUCGGUGUUAUUAAUCAGUUCAAUGGUAAUGAUCCAUCUACUAUCGUUGCUCUUGGAACUUUGGAUGCACUCUCCGCUGGUAUUCUUACCUGGAUUGGUUUCGUUAACAUGUGGGCUCAUGAUUGGAUUUAUGGAGAGUUGAGGGAUGCUGGGUUGAUCAAGACUUUAAUCGCUCUGAUUAGUCUAAUGGCUGGUAUGGCGUUGAUGGGGCUUCUUGGAAAAUGGGCGUGAGAAUUGAUGCUUUAAUGAUUAGAAUGAAAUUGUAUUUGAUAAUUUGGGGAAAUUGUUUUUGAGGGUUCUACAAAGAUUUUGAUAUUAUAUGUUACUUAAAAAAGUAUCUUGGGGUUAAAUUGGAAGAGGACAUGAACAAGUAUCCAUUC